AUGCCGCGCCCCAAAUCGAACAACUCCGCGUGCAAGUUUUGCAGGAAGAGGUUUGGUGUGGAUCCCAACCCCACGGUCUUGAAUCAGCCAGACGACUUGCUGAAGAGGAGGUGUCCCAUGUCGAAGGAUUGCAAAGUGUGUCAUGGCUUCAUCAAAAACCAUCCAGUAUACUCGGAGAUGUCAUCGAGUGCUUUGGAGACUCACCUUCAAGACCCCCAGAAUUUCGAGAAGUUCAUACGCGAGCAUGAAGAAUGGUGUGAGCAACGACGCAACGGAUCAAAACGCAGGCAUGCAGAAGGAGAGAAGACCACUACUGCAGAGCAGACCAGCAGCUUCGAGACUAAGCAGGUCCUCGGCUACCUUUGGACCAAGCAGCUCUUGAAGAAGCAUGGUAAGCCAAUACCAUCCAAGUUCCAAACCAUCAAGCACCAAGGGCAGGUUGUCAAAGGAGCAAUACUUGAAGAGUGGGUGGUUGGAUCUAUUGAAGUCUCCGCCAGUAGUGCGAAGACUGCAAAACACGUGGCCGUGAUUGCAGAUGGUGGCUCCGACGAUGACAAUGUGGCAGCAGAGACCUUUGAUGUCGCCUAG